AUGCAAAAUAGCAAAGAACUGAUUAAUGAUUGUGGUUUGGUAGAGUUUCUAAGUCGGGCUAACACUCUUUCUUGGAGGGGUAGAAGAAGAGGCAAGAUAGUGAGGUGCCGCUUGGACAGAGCGCUUGCUACAGAAGAGUGGCAUGAUCUAUUUUCCUUUUCUCAUGUGGAAUAUUUAAAAAUGAUUGGAUCGGAUCAUAGACCAAUUUUGGCCACGUUGGACUCGAAAGUAACGAAACGACGACAACAGUUUCGGUUCGAUAAACGGUGGAUAGGGCGUGAGGGUCUACUCGAAUCCAUUGAAAAAGGGUGGAAAAAUUUCCAUGGAGAGGUAUCUCCGAGUUUGGUCGAUAGGAUCCACAGUUGCCGGCAUGAGAUUUCCGUUUGGAGGAAAAAUAAUCAACCCUAUGGAAAGGCAAGGAUCGCAGAAUUACAGACUGUGCUAGAGGUAGUGCAGGAUGAUGAUACAAAGACACAGGAGGAAUUGAUCGACAUUACAAACAAGCUUAAAGAAGCUUAUCGGGACGAGGAAGGAUACUGGAAACAGAAGAGCAGGAAUAUGUGGCUAAAAGAUGGGGAUCUAAAUACGAAGUUUUUUCAUGCAUCCACAAAGCAGCGGAGAGCGGUUAAUCGGAUAGUGGGGCUGCAUAAUGAGGGGAACGUCUGGGUUGCUGGUGAAAAGGAGGUUCAGAGGGUAGCAGUUGAUUAUUUCCAAAAACUCUUUACAUCUACAUUGCCGGUUGAUUUUACGAGGGUUCUGGAAAAUGUAUCAGGAUGCAUUACCCCAACAGAAAACGAAAUUUUAACUCGUUGUGCUACGGAGAUGGAGGUGAGGGAGGCAUUAUUCAUGAUGCACCCAGAAAAGGCACCGGGGCCAGAUGGGAUGACAGCCCUAUUUUUUCAACGGUCAUGGCAUGUAGUGAAAGGGGAUAUUCUCCCUAUGGUGAAUAACUUUCUAGCAACCGGGGUUCUUGAAGACAUACUGAAUAUGACUAAUAUCUGUCUCAUUCCAAAGACGGACCGACCUACUCGGAUGACAGAAUUAAGGCCAAUAAGUCUGUGUAAUGUUGGAUAUAAAAUUAUUUCAAAGGUCCUUUGCCAGAGGCUCAAAGGGUUAUUGCCAAGAUUGAUUUCUGAAACACAGUCUGCUUUUGUGCCGGGCCGACUGAUCUCGGAUAAUAUUUUGAUAGCACAAGAAAUGUUCAACGGAUUAAGGACCAACAAGGCUUGUCGAGGCAAAUUUAUGGCAGUGAAGACAGACAUGAGUAAAGCCUAUGACAGAGUCGAAUGGCCCUUUAUUGAGGCACUAAUGCGAAAGAUGGGAUUUGCGGAGGCAUGGAUCACUUGGAUGAUGAGUUGCAUAAAAUCGGUCAAGUAUAGAGUUUUAAUUAAUGGUCAACCACGGGGAAAAAUUAUACCGCAGAGAGGUCUCAGACAAGGAGAUCCCCUUUCUCCAUAUUUGUUCAUUAUGUGCACAGAGAUAUUGAUAACAAAUUUAAAAAAGGCGGAGGUUUUGAAAGAGAUUACUGGUCUCAAAGUGGCUCGGGCUAGCCCAGCGGUGUCCCAUCUAUUAUUUGCAGAUGAUAGCUUAUUCUUUUGCAAAGCUAUAACUAAGGAGAGUCGGGUACUGUUACAAAUCUUGAAGGAGUACGAAAUUGCAUCGGGGCAACAAAUUAACUUUGCCAAAUCUUCAGUACAAUUUGGACACACGGUAGAUGAGGGGCUGCGUGCGGAAAUUCACCAGAUUCUGGGGAUCACCAAUGUUGGCGGAAUGGACAAUUACCUGGGAAUUCCCGAAAGUCUGGGGGCAAAGACAAAGAUAUUUAGUUUCCUCAUUGACAGACAAUACAAACGGGUCAAUGGGUGGAAUUCAAAAUGGCUGUCGAGGGGAGGAAAAGAGGUUCUGAUAAAGUCUGUUCUUUCGGCAAUGCCAACGCAUGUCAUGUCAUGUUUUCGAUUGCCGAAAGGAGUUACAAACAAACUCACGAGUGCAGUGUCAAAUUUCUGGUGGAGUAACAAUGGGCAGACUCGAGGGAUGCACUGGCUGGCUUGGAAGAAGCUUUGCCGACACAAGAAUGCGGGGGGGUUGGGAUUCAGGGUGAUAGAAGACUUCAAUACGGCCUUAUUGGCAAAAAAAUUAUGGCGGCUACUGGAUAACCCGGAUUCAUUAUUUUCACAGGUUUUCAAAGGACGGUAUUAUAGGAACUCAGAUCCUUUGGAACCCAUUAGGUCAUACUCCCCGUCCUAUGGAUGGCAGAGUAUGGUCUCGGCUCGACCUCUGGUAAAUAAAGGGCUUAUUAAAAGAGUUGGUUCAGGGAAUUCUAUCUCGGUUCUUCUCGCCCGAGGCCAGCCACAGGACACUGGGCUCAUUUCUACCCUCAUCUUCGGCGAGGAUGUUCCCAUUAUCUUAGGGAUUCCAACAUCUCGCACCGGUAGACCGGACUCGAUGGGAUGGUUUUUUACGAAGUCGGGCCGUUAUACGGUAAAAUCAGGGUACGUUUUGGCGCAACAAAGUCUUGAUGAGGCUAAUCCGAUCAAGUAUGGUCCGGAUAUAAGUCCACUACAAGCAUACACAUGGAAAGUGAAAUGUACGCAGAAGCUACAACACUUCAUCUGGCAAGUGUUAACGGGGUGUGUUUCUGUAGGGACACGGCUACAGAGUCGCGGCCUUCAAAUCGACCCACAGUGCGUGCGGUGCGCUUUGGACCAUUUCCCAACAGGAGGCUUGUUUACAAACAUUGCUCACCUGUUCUGGAACCUACCAAAUGAUGAAAGAAUGGGUAUGUAUCCCUGGUUGCUUUGGUUUAUUUGGAAAGCCCGAAACGAUAAAGUCUUCUCCAAUGAUGACUCAGAUCCUAAUGAUAUCAUUAAUCACGCGGCAAGUGAAGCGGUAGCGUGGAGGACGGCACAAGCCAGACAAGAGGUUACACCGGUCUGGAGGGGAAUCCGGCUGAGAUCUCGCCAGAGUGCAUGUUACGGCAGAAGGAAGUUAACAAUAGUGUUUGAAACGGACUGUUCUGAUGUGGUAAAGAUGGUGUCUAAACCCGAGGAGUGGCCAGCUUUUGCACCGAUACUAGAAGAAUUCUGCAGAUGUAGGAUGGAGUUCACUUCCUUCUCCAUAGUGCAUAUCCCAAGAACGAAGAACACGAAGGCGGACAAGUUAGCACGGAGUGCUAGAGUUCUACCUACAGAUGUGUUUUAUGUAAACUCUGUUUCUCCGACUUGGAUUCCCGAGUUGGUUUAG